AUGGAUAUAUCAGAGCAAAAUGCCAACGAGUUCUCUGAAGCUGAAAAGGCUUUAAAAGUAAAAAUACCAAAAGAGUUGAAAAAUAUCCUAGCAAUAAAUGGAUAUACUUCACUGCGCUUAAUUACGGAAAUGACUGACGAAGACGUUGAAAAUGUAGAAAAAUUUUCAAGGGAAGUUAUACCAAAUUUAAUUGAGCUGGAUAUUUUAGAUAUUUUAGAUAUUUUAGAUAUUUUAGAUAUUUUAGAUAUUUUAGAUAUUUUAGAUAUUUUAGAUAUUUUAGAUAUUUUAGAUAUUUUAGAUAUUUUAGAUAUUUUAGAUAUUUUAGAUAUUUUAGAUAUUUUAGAUAUUUUAGAUAUUUUAGAUAUUUUAGAUAUUUUAGAUAUUUUAGAUAUUUUAGAUAUUUUAGAUAUUUUAGAUAUUUUAGAUAUUUUAGAUAUUUUAGAUAUUUUAGAUAUUUUAGAUAUUUUAGAUAUUUUAGAUAUUUUAGAUAUUUUAGAUAUUUUAGAUAUUUUAGAUAUUUUAGAUAUUUUAGAUAUUUUAGAUAUUUUAGAUAUUUUAGAUAUUUUAGAUAUUUUAGAUAUUUUAGAUAUUUUAGAUAUUUUAGAUAUUUUAGAUAUUUUAGAUAUUUUAGAUAUUUUAGAUAUUUUAGAUAUUUUAGAUAUUUUAGAUAUUUUAGAUAUUUUAGAUAUUUUAGAUAUUUUAGAUAUUUUAGAUAUUUUAGAUAUUUUAGAUAUUUUAGACAUUUUAGAUAUUUUAGAUAUUUUAGAUAUUUUAGAUAUUUUAGCUAUUUUUAACUAUUUUAGAUAUUUUUAG